AUCUGCUACAGUCUGAAUCAAUACAACGUAGACGGCCGGGCUCUCGCCUUUUGCACCUGUUUUUGGCGAGCACCAAAGGCUACAGGUACCUGGGUACGUUGCAACAUAAUCGUUGAGAGCUGGGGUAGCUACAGCCUCGAUCCCCGGUGGCACGUGCCAGGCCUUUUCAUCGGCCCUGGGCUUUUCAAAGGCACAAUAUAGCCACUACUACUGUGCUACUUUCAGCGCUUUGGAAAUGCUCAGAUGAUAUUCAGGCUAAAAUGAUACAUUAUUUACCUCGCGCAUCUCAGUUGGAGGACUGAUGAUGAUCCAAUAAAGGUACAAUAGGUAGGCUUUGAAGAUAAAGGCUAGCUUUCCAGCAUAGGAAGAACAUCCGCUCAUCCACCGGGUACACUGUAGCCCCGGAGUGUUCCGCGAAUAUACCGUUGUAUUUAUUUAUAUUGCUACCCCGGUUUCACACUUCUCCGCAUAUCAGAACAAAAGAGACUACAACGCGGGACCUCUACAAGGGAGACCGAUUGAUGAAUGAAUAUAUGCUGAUGAUCGGUGGAAGAGCGUAAUUUCUGACGUGAAAAGCAGAAAGGACAAAGACUGGACGAUAAUCACAGCGGCAGCAUCAUCUCGGUGACUGGACACACACUAUAUCAGCAUCAUCUAGCCCUUCUCAGACAGAUAAUAAACCAUGGCACCAUCCUCAACCACAGCAUCACCCUUCGAGGCCCCAGUCCUCCAGGACAACCACGACGCCCGUCCCAACGGCACCAAUGGCUCACCGGGGGCUUCCAUUCUCCCGAGACGACGAUACUCCAUCACCCAUCGGCCAUCCCUAACAUCCUUCCAACAACUCUGUUUCCAAACCACCGACCCAAAACUCUACCCUCACGCAUCAACCAUAGUCUCCAACAUACCCAUUUACGACCUGAACACCGCAUUCACCAGUAACGAUAUCGACCACCUCCAAGACGAAUGGAACCACAUCCUCCUCUCCGGCCCUGGAGUCGUUGUCCUCCGGAACUUCGAACCCAACACCGACCUGCUAACACGCACCAACUCCGUCUUCUCGACCAUCAUCACCUCCGAACUCCAACAAACACAAUCCUCCACCACCUCCACUAAAGGCGACCACUUCGCCGCAUCCGGCAAAAACGCCCGAAUCUGGAACUCGUUCCAAAAGCACGCGGAAUACGACCCACCCUCUUUCGUCCAAUACUACUCCAACCCCUGGCUCUCACGAGUCUGCGAAUCCUGGCUGGGCCCCAGCUACCAAGUAACCGCGCAAGUAAACAUCGUCAAACCCGGCGGCAAACCCCAAGUCAGCCACCGAGACUACCACCUGGGCUUCCAGACCGCCGAGUCCUGUGCACGGUUUCCCAAAGCCGCACAGGUCGCAAGCCAAUUCUUGACGCUGCAGGGCGCCGUGGCGCAUUCCGACAUGAUUCUCGAGAGCGGGCCGACGCGGUUCUUGCCGUUCUCUCAACAGUUUGAACAGGGGUACAUGACGUAUCGACUGCCUGAGUUUCAGGACUAUUUUGAUAAGAAUUGGGUCAGUGUCGCGCUGAAAAUGGGCGAUGCCGUGUUUUUCAACCCCGCGCUCGUCCAUGCUGCGGGCGAGAAUUUGACAACGGAUGUCCAGAGGAGUGCGAAUUUGUUGCAGGUUAGUAGUGCUUUUGGUAGGGCGAUGGAGAGCGUCGACACCCUCAAGAUUAUCGAAAGGUGCUGGGAUGAUAUUAUGGCCUUAAGGAAGGAGCUGUUGUCUCAGGCUGGAAGUGGAAGUGGAAGUGGACAGUCUAGUGAGGGAGAGGCUGACGCCGACGAACGCCUCAAGGCCAUCUUGGCCGCGGUUGCUGAAGGUUAUCCCUUCCCGACGAAUCUUGACAAGCGACCCCCAGCUCCAGGAGGCAUGGCGCCGGAAAGUGAGUUUGACGUUUUGAAUACCGCUUUAGCUCAAGAGUGGGACACGCAGAGAGUUGUGGCGGCCAUCAGAAAGUUGAGGGAUGAUUCGAUGCCUUGAUUGGACUGCAGGGCAUUGAUCUUGAUGGAAUUUGAUUUUCGAUUGUGACAAUGCAACGCGGGCAAGUGUACAUUGUUUGCAAACCCGCUGAGCAGCAUGUUGAAGAGCCGGCGGCAUUGUAGAUACUGUAGAUACUGCCCUACCCGCUGUCCAUUGCCCAAGCGCAACCCACAUAGCGAGGGAGAAGCCAACUUUGCCCUCCGAACACACGGUCCUUGUACAUUUCAUCCAACCUUGCUAGCUCCUGCAGCUAUCGUUGACUGGUCUUCCGUAUCUUAACAUUUGCC